GUGACUUUCCGCCACCCAUUCAGAUACAAGAAGCAAAACGAGCUCUUCGUUGCCGCCGAAGGCCUUUAUACCGGUCAGUUCAUAUACUGUGGCAAGAAGGCCACUCUCGUAGUUGGUAAUGUUUUGCCCCUUCGUUCUAUCCCUGAAGGAGCUGUUAUAUGCAACGUUGAGCACCAUGUCGGUGACCGUGGUGUCUUUGCUAGGGCUUCCGGCGAUUAUGCCAUCGUUAUAAGUCACAACCCUGAUAAUGACACCUCUAGGAUUAAGCUUCCAUCUGGAGCGAAGAAGAUUGUCCCAAGUGACUGCAGNGCCAUGAUUGGGCAAGUUGCAGGUGGUGGAAGGACUGAGAAGCCUCUUCUUAAGGCUGGAAAUGCUUACCACAAGUUUAGGGUGAAGAGGAAUUGUUGGCCCAAGGUGCGUGGUGUUGCUAUGAAUCCUGUUGAGCAUCCUCACGGAGGAGGUAACCACCAGCACAUUGGUCAUGCCAGUACUGUCAGGCGUGAUGCUCCUCCUGGUCAAAAGGUUGGUCUCAUUGCCGCUAGGAGGACUGGUCGUCUCAGAGGACAAGCUGCUGCAACUGCUGCCAAGGCUGAUAAGGCUUAAGGAGAGUGUUGUUAGGAUUGGUAUAUUUGAUUGCUCGUUUUUCA